CCCCUCCGCCCCACGCCUCAGCCCUUCCACGCCGGGCCGGGGCGGCGCGGCCUGAAGCUCCGGCGAUGGCCAGCCCGCCGCUGCACGGGCCCCCCGGGCCGGCGAGCGGAGACGGCCCCAAUCUCAACAACAACAACAACAACAACCACAGCGUGCGCAAGUGCGGCUACCUGCGCAAGCAGAAGCACGGCCACAAGCGCUUCUUCGUGCUGCGCGGGCCCGGCGCGGGCAGCGACGAGGCGACAGCGACGGCGGGCGGGGGGUCGGCUCCGCAGCCGCCGCGGCUCGAAUACUACGAGAGCGAGAAGAAGUGGCGGAGCAAGGCGGGCGCCCCGAAGCGGGUGAUCGCGCUCGACUGCUGCCUCAACAUCAACAAGCGCGCCGACGCCAAGCACAAGUACCUGAUCGCCCUCUACACCAAGGACGAGUACUUCGCGGUGGCGGCGGAGAGCGAGCAGGAACAGGAGGGCUGGUACCGCGCGCUCACCGACCUGGUCAGCGAGGGCCGCGCCGGCGCCGGCGACGCGCCCCCCGCCGCCUCGGCCACCUCUGGGUCCUGCAGCGCCUCCCUGCCGGGCGCCCUGGGCGGCUCGGCCGGCGCGGCCGGGGCCGAUGACAGCUACGGGCUGGUGGCACCCGCCACGGCCGCCUACCGCGAGGUGUGGCAGGUGAACCUGAAGCCCAAGGGUCUGGGCCAGAGCAAGAACCUGACGGGCGUGUACCGCCUGUGCCUGUCGGCGCGCACCAUCGGCUUCGUGAAGCUCAACUGCGAGCAGCCGUCGGUGACGCUGCAGCUCAUGAACAUCCGCCGCUGCGGCCACUCGGACAGCUUCUUUUUCAUCGAGGUGGGCCGCUCGGCUGUCACCGGCCCCGGAGAGCUGUGGAUGCAGGCGGACGACUCGGUGGUGGCGCAGAACAUUCACGAGACCAUCCUGGAGGCCAUGAAGGCGCUCAAGGAGCUCUUCGAGUUCCGGCCGCGCAGCAAGAGCCAGUCGUCGGGGUCGUCGGCCACGCACCCCAUCAGUGUCCCCGGCGCGCGCCGCCACCACCACCUGGUCAACCUCCCCCCCAGUCAGACGGGCCUGGUACGCCGCUCGCGCACCGACAGUCUGGCCGCCACCCCCCCGGCCGCCAAGUGUAGCUCAUGCCGAGUGCGCACAGCCAGCGAGGGCGACGGCGGCGCGGCGGCGGCGGGGGCCGGGGCUGCGGGCGGCAGGCCGGUGUCGGUGGCUGGGAGUCCCCUGAGCCCCGGGCCGGUGCGCGCGCCCCUGAGCCGCUCGCACACCCUGAGCGGCGGCUGCGGCGGGCGCGGGAGCAAGGUGACGCUGCUGCCGGCAGGGGGCGCCCUGCAACACAGCCGCUCCAUGUCCAUGCCCGUGGCGCACUCGCCGCCCGCCGCCACCAGCCCCGGCAGCCUGUCUUCCAGCAGCGGGCAUGGCUCGGGCUCCUACCCUCCGCCUCCGGGCGCCCACCCGCACCUGCCGCACCCCCUGCACCACCCCGCGAGCCAGCGGCCCUCCAGCGGCAGCGCCUCAGCCUCCGGCUCCCCCAGCGACCCGGGCUUCAUGUCCCUGGACGAGUACGGCUCCAGCCCUGGCGACCUCAGAGCCUUCUGUAGCCACAGGAGCGACACGCCCGAGUCCAUCGCGGAGACCCCCCCGGCCCGAGACGGCAGCGGGGGCGCGCUGUGCGGCUACAUGACCAUGGACAGGCCCCCAAGCCACUGUGGCCGCCCCUACCGCAGGGUCUCUGGGGACGCGGCCCAGGACUUGGACAGAGGGCUGAGGAAAAGGACUUACUCGCUGACCACACCUGCCCGGCAGCGGCCGGUGCCCCAGCCCUCUUCGGCCUCCCUGGACGAAUACACCCUGAUGCGGGCCACCUUCUCGGGCAGCUCCGGUCGCCUGUGCCCGGCGUGCCCCGCGUCUUCUCCCAAAGUGACUUACCACCCCUACCCCGAGGAUUACGGCGACAUUGAGAUCGGGUCCCACAGGAGCUCCAGCAGUAAUCUGGGGGCCGACGAUGGCUACAUGCCCAUGACCCCCGGCGUGGCCCUCAUGGGUAGUGGUGGAGGCAGCUGCAAGAGUGACGAUUACAUGCCCAUGAGCCCCACCAGCGUGUCCGCCCCAAAGCAGAUCCUGCAGCCAAGGGCCGCCACGGCCGCCUUGCCCCCCUCGGGAACCAUGGUGCCUGCGCCCACCUCUGCGGCCAACAGGACCUUUCCUGGGAAUGGGGGCAGCUAUAAGACCAGUUCACCCGCGGAGAGCUCCCCCGAGGACAGUGGGUACAUGCGGAUGUGGUGCGGCUCCAAACUGUCCAUGGAGAAUGCUGACAGCAAGCUGCUCCCCAACGGGGACUACCUCAACAUGUCCCCCAGCGACGCAGGCACCUCCGGGACCCCGCCUGACUUCUUCUCCGCAGCCUUGCACGGCGGGGCAGACUCGCUCAAAGGUGUGCCCGGCUACUGCUACAGCUCCCUGCCCCGCUCCUACAAGGCCCCUUACGCCUGCGGAGGGGGCAGCGACCAGUAUGUGCUCAUGAGCGCCCCUGUGGGGCGGAUCUUGGAAGAGGAGAGGGUGGAGCCGCCGGCCACCCCAGGGACCGCUCAGGCGGCCGGCACCUUCGGGGCCAGUGGGAGCAGCCAUGCUCCACCGCAUCACCCGGUAGUGCCUUCGCCCGCGAGGCCCGGCGGCAGUGGCCGCCCAGACGGCUUCCUGAGCCAGCGCUGUCGGGCCGUGCGGCCCACGCGGCUGUCCCUGGAGGGGCUGCAGACCCUGCCCAGCAUGCACGAAUACCCCCUGCCACCAGAGCCCAAGAGCCCGGGAGAGUACAUCAACAUUGACUUUGGCGAGGUGGGAGCCCGCCUGUCGCCGCCUGCCCCUCCGCUGCUGACAUCCGCAGCCUCGUCCUGCUCGCUGUUGUCCGCCAGCAGCCCGGCCUCGUCCCUGGGCUCGGGCACGCCUGGCACCAGCAGCGACAGCCGGCAGCGCUCCCCGCUCUCCGACUACAUGAACCUCGACUUCAGCUCGCCUAAGUCCCCCAAGCCGGGCACCCGGAGCGCAGACCCCGUGGGCUCUUUGGACGCCCUCCUCUCCCCCGAGGCCUCCUCGCCUUACCCGCCGCUGCCUCCGCGCCCUGCAGCCUCACCGUCCUCACUACAGCAGCCGCCACCCCCGCCGCCCCCGGGGGAGCUGUACCGCCUGCCCGCAGCUUCGGCAGCGGCCGUUGCCCAGGGUCCCCGCGCUGCGUCGUCGUUGUCGUCCUCUGAGACUGGGGACAAUGGUGACUACACCGAGAUGGCCUUUGGCGUGGCUGCCACCCCGCCACAACCCAUCGCAGCCCCCCCAAAGCUGGAAGGUAACCGAGUGACCAGCCCGACUUCUGGCCUGAAGAGGCUGAGUCUUAUGGACCAGGUGUCGGGGGUCGAGGCCUUCCUGCAGGCCGGCCAGCCUCCAGACCCACACCGGGGCGCCAAGGUCAUCCGCGCGGACCCACAGGGCGGUCGCCGCCGCCACAGCUCGGAGACCUUCUCUUCGACUACAACCGUCACCCCAGUGUCCCCAUCCUUCGCCCACAACCCCAAGCGCCACAACUCGGCCUCUGUGGAAAACGUGUCUCUCAGGAAAAGCAGUGAGGGCAGCAGUGGCGUCCUUGGUGGGGGUCCGGGUGGGGGCGACGAACCGCCCACGUCCCCAAGACAGCUGCAGCCUUCGGUCCAGGCGCCCUCUCUCCCACCGCAGGCCCGGCCGUGGGCCCCAGGCCAGCCAGGGGGCUUGGUGGGCUGCCCAGGGGGCAGUGGUUCUCCAAUGCGCAGAGAGACUUCUGCCGGCUUCCAGAAUGGUCUCAAUUACAUCGCCAUCGACGUGAGAGACGAGUCGGGACUGGCCCAGCCACAGCCUGCAGACAAGAGUUCCUGGGGCCGGACCCGCAGCCUUGGGGGUCUCAUCAGCACCGUGGGCGGCGGCGGGUGUGGGGGCCCGGGCCCUGGCGCCCUGCCCUCCACCAGUACCUACGCCAGCAUUGACUUCUUGCCCCAUCACUUGACCGAGGCCACCGUGGUGAAAGAGUGAAGAUGGGUCGCGCUGCACAACCAUGACGUCGCACAUCGGAGAUGUCAUUAAAGGAAGAGGCUCGGUGUCUUUUUUCACUGAAGCUGCUCAUGGUUGCUUUUGGAUCUGAGCGAUUCCUGUGUUGUGAGACCUCCAUGGGCCGUUGUCAGACAUGGAGCCGCCGGGCAGGCCACCUGCCUCCCCUGCUCCUUCCGUGCCGGGCUCAUCAUUUGUGCUGUUUGUGUUUGUUCUGUUCUGUUAUGUUUUUCUAACGAAAUUAGCUGAAGAAGUUAUGCCCAAGACAUUUGGACGUUUUCUUGGCCUCCUUACAUUGUGGGCAGUGUCUUAAUCUCUUCUCACUUUGGUUUUGGCAAAACAAAUGUGCCCCUCGGCAUGCUUGGAGAUUCCACCAAUCCCCGUGAAAGUGGUAAAAUCUGGUAUUUACUGGCUUACACUCAAAAUUACCACAGUGCUACCUCAGUUCAAGGUAAAGCCGGAUGGGCGUGGCGGGGGCUCGGCAGGACCGCUGCGCUCCUGCUCCAUGGCUGACGUGCAGUCAUCGGCCUUAUCGAACUGACCAUGAACCUAUAAUAGCUCUGCUUCCAAAAAAGUAGAGCUAGAGUGGACGGCUACUUGUCGGAUUCUAGCCCAGGUACCUGCAACGUUUACUUACACACAGAGCCGGCCCAGUGCAGGACUGACGUUUCUCAAUGGAAGUGAAAUUUGGGAUUGGACUUUGAAGAUGGAUUAAUAAUAAUUAUUAUUAAAUGUAACUGAAGCGACCUACUUUUGAGAAUCAUCAACUGUAUUGGGUAGUGGGGGUGGGGGGAGGGAAGGGGUUUGGGAAGGGGUGAAUAUCUCUUUUUACCUUUGACAGACUUGUUUGAUCUCCUCUGUGGAUGUUAAUGUAGGCACUUCACAUACGCAAAAGCCUUUUAUCCUAUUUACAAGCUCAAAUGUCUCUGCUGUCCUUAAUCUUGGGCUUGCAUUUCUUUAACCAAAAAUUCACGUAGGCAUGCUAUGGUCCAGGUUUGGCAGAUUUAAUUUUUUUAAAUGUAUCAUCUUUAACACAAAGCUAUUACGUUGGCCAACAAGUCUGCCCUGAACAAAAAUUAAAAAAACAAACAAACAAAAAAAGACAAAAACAAAAAAAUAAAAAACAAAGAAAAAUAAAAGAAAUAAAAUGAUAAAAAGAGGUGUUUAGGCCCUCAUGUUAUUAAUGGAAAAAAAAGAAGAAAAGCCAAUCUUUGCAGUACAUGUUAUGUUGCUUGUCAGAAAGAGUCCCUGACAAGACCACUCUUCUUGUUUUAUGUUUUCAGUGUUCUGAAAAUGUCAGUGUUGUGGCAGUUAUCACAGACGUCACCUUACCUGCUGAUCUCGGCCAGCAGAGCACUCUGCCGUCUUGCGGCUCCCUGGACGUGCCAUCAGAGGGCUUUGGCCUCUCCCUCCGUGGGGGCACCCCAGUGCCUGUCUUCUCUGAUAGUCAGUGGAGAGGUUAGCUAAUUCAUUGAGAUGUGAGUUGUUGGGUUUUUUUUUUUUUUGAGAAAAAUAUAUAUAAAUAUAUAGAUAUAUAUAUCAUUAUAGAAUAAUGCAUUAAUGAGGCUUUUUUUAGAGGAAGACCAAAAAAUUCAAUGUCUUAAAAUUAUAUUUAAUGGCAAUGCAAACGUCUUCCUGCUUCCGUGCUGAACUUCAGAACAGAGGAUUGUAUUGCAAGACAAAGUUGAAUGUAAAGCGAUCCCCCGAACAUGUGUAAGGUCUUACUUCCCUGAAACCACACAUCACAGCAGUGCACAGGCCCCAUGAUGUCAGUUGCAAGGUUAGUUUCAGCGAAUGGUAGGCUUUAUUGAGAUGUAUAAAGCAUCCUGAAGUUUUUACUGAGUUUUGGGAAUGGGAACGGAUGGGUGGCACCCCCCGCCCCACCUCCCCGUACAUCAUGACUGAGUGUGGGCCCUGCUGAGUGCAGCGCUGACGCGUCCCCAGGGAGCCCUCGGUACUGAGAGCGGUUGUGACACUACACCCAUGGUUCAUGUCCACACUGCAACUUAAAACGAGCAAAACACAAAGUCGGUAAGACGCGAAAUUUUCUUCUAUCCUGUACAUUUCAGAAAAAAAGAAAAAGGCAUAUGCAAUAUUUACAUUUUUAAUUUAGUUUACAGAAUGGAACCAAAAUGUAUAAAUGUUAUGUUUGCUAAAACUUCACAAUGUAUAUUGGGUCUUUGUACAUUUUGCCUGACUUACCUUAAAUUUAAAAUAUUUUUUGCUAUAUAAACUUUAACAGUUAUUAAACAGUGUUUUCUUUUUGGGUACGCAUUGUUUCUGGAUAUCAAGAUGUUAAAUAUAUUUCUUGCUAUUGUGAUAUGACAAGAGACGUAACUUAUCUUGCUGUCUUCCACUGCACACGCUGUAAAUAGGGGUUGAUGUCAUGCUGCUGGGAUGAGAAUAAGCUGGACUAGAGUAGUGCUUUGUAGUCUAUACCCGUCAUGGACGCCCUCCUUGAUAGCCAUAUGCAAUAAAAUAAAGUACAUUAUUUAUGAAAUGAA